GGACAUGACACUCCAACGCGCCAAUCCGCACUGAGGUAAGGACUGACUCCCCCCAAUCUCACCCUUUCUUUAUCUACCCCCGCGCCUCUUUUUCCUUUCCAUCUUCUCCCAAUAUGAUGAUACACCAGCUGGCACCAGUCAUAGAGUGAUUUGUACUCCCUUAUUGAUGAAAAACGCUGCGGUCUAUUGACCAACCACUGAUCCGGGACAAACCGACAAUUUGUUUACUUCUUCAACCUUACGCAACCUCGACGCAUUUUGUUCCUCUGCUAACCUUGCAAUUGGAAUCUUUACAGACACCCAUUUCCUACCUCGCAGCCUAAAUCAGAAACCGAGUCACCGCCGACAAGAUGGUCCUCCACAACCCCAACAACUGGCAUUGGGUCAACAAGGAUGCCUCGGCCUGGGCGAAGCAGUACCUUGAGGAGAGCUUGGCGACAGUCGAGACUGCCGAUGGCGGUGUCACGGCAAAGAUUAGCAAGGUUGUGAGCAUGGAUGGCGACGUCGACGUUAGCCAAAGGAAGGGCAAGGUCAUCACCAUUUACGAUGUUAAGCUCGUUCUAGAAUACACCGGCACCACCGCCGACGAGGCUGAGGUCUCUGGCACCAUCACCGUUCCUGAGGUCGCCCACGACACUGAGGAGGAUGAGUUUGUGUUUGACAUCGACAUUUACUCCGACUCCAAGGAGAAGCAGCCUGUCAAGGACCUCGUCCGCUCCAAGCUCGUGCCGGAGCUCCGCAAGGAGUUCCUCAAGCUCCCCGGAGCCUUGAUCGCCGAGCACGGCAAGGAUAUCCAGCAUGCUCCCGGAUCCAACCCCUCCAGCGGUUUCUCCACGCCCAAGUACCAGUCACAGAACGCGGCGGCCAAGUCCACCUCGGCCUCGACCAGCGUCAAGGGUAGCUCCGGCAAGGUCGUCAACACCAUGACUCUGACCGACACCGCCGAGUUCCGCACCACGGCCGAGGAAGCUUACCAGACCUUUGUCGACCCCGCCCGCAUCGCCGCCUUCACCCGCGCGCCGCCCAAGGUCUUCCAGGGUGCCAUCAAGGGCGCAAAGUUUGAGCUGUUUGACGGAAACGUCACGGGUGAGUACCUCGAGCUCAGCGCCCCCAAGAAGAUUGUCCAGAGCUGGCGCCUGAAGCAGUGGCCCGAGGGUCACUUCUCCAAGCUCAGCAUCGAGUUUGACCAGAACGACGUCGACCACGUCACGCUGAUGCGUGUCAACUGGGAUGGUGUGCCUGUUGGCGAGGAGGGGGCCACGAAGCGUAACUGGCAAGAGUACUACGUCAACAGCAUCAAACGCACUUUUGGAUUCGGGACCAUUCUGUAAGCUUGAUUCAAGUCGAAGAUAGAUUUCGGACAGUCGGCGGCCACAUCAAGCCAUAUUCCUGCUUCAGAAGUGUGAAACUUUCUGCAGUCGGUGGGCUGGCGUGGAUGAGCGGUGCGGAGAGUUCUGCGGCAUGCAUCACUAGAUCCUCAGAUUGGCUACAUCAGCCCCGAGUAGCUGGGGCGUCUGAGAUUCCCUUGGGUUCAGCAGCCCCAGGUACGAAUUAGAUGAG